CUGAAACUGCGAGGGCUGUGGAAAGAGCUGCAGCGUGUAGCCCGAGACCGGGCAUUGACGUCUCUGGCCAGUUCCCAUCUUCAUUUAGCCCUAUGAGGGAGGGCGGCGGAGAGUCGGAGCUGGAGGAGUCGUUGGAGCGGUAUCACCGGAGCCUGCGCAAUCGAGCCAGUAAGAGCAUUGAUCAACUGAAGUAUGCCUUGGGUGAAAAAGAUCUUGCAAUGGGAGAAGGCGCAGCUACAUUUGACCAGUUAUUUCCUUACACAGGCUUGGACAACAAUGAGGAUAGAGCUUGGCAAGAACUGCAGCACAGUCACGCAGUUAAUCAACUAAAAGCUUUAUUACGACAAGAAGAAGAAAAAGAGAAUGAAGCAUCCCCUUCAAGGAGGAGGACAUCACCACCUUCAAAGAUCUCUAAAGGCACAGAUCAGAGUUUGCCUACACUUUGUGAUCUUAUUCCCAUAAUUAAUGAUCAGUCACAAUACAUUAACCACUUAGAGGCUGAAGUCAAGUUUUGCAAGGAGGAAAUGUCAGAACUGAAAACUCAUAUACAUGUGGUUGUGCUUGAAAAUGAGAAGCUCCAUCAUGAUCUGAAAAUGAUAACAGUAGAGAACUCUAUUAGAGAGCAAACUGUUUUGGAUUCCUCAGCAAUUCCUCAAACUUCCUACAGUCUACAUGGUGAUGGUGAAGCUGCCAGACUGUUUUCUCAUGUCAGUGAGCAGGCCCCAGCAGUUACAACAGAAACAGAUAAAUGGCACCUAGAGAUGGAAAAACUUAAAUGUCUCUAUCAGGAAAAAACAGAAGUACUUGUGGCUCAAGUUCAAUCUUUAAGAAAGGACUUGUCAGAGUCACAAAAAAACUGUGAAGAUCUGAGUGGAAGAUUAAAGCAUCAACAAAUGCUUAAUGUGGCAAAUAGUGCUAAUAAGGUCGGCGGCCUUUGCUUGAAAUGUGCACAGCAUGAUGCUGUCCUUUCCCAGACUCAUUCAAAUGUCCACAUGCAGACCAUUGAAAGGUUAACAAAAGAGAGAGAUGAAUUAAUGGCAGCACUCUCAUCACUAAGAACAAACCUAACUGAAAUGCAGCAAAGGGAAUGUAGAGCGUAUGAACAAGUGAAGCAAGCUGUACACAUGACUGAAGAAGCCAAUUUGGAAAAAACUAAGGCUUUGGUCCAGUGUGAGCAGCUUAAAAAUGAGAUGGAGAGACAGAGAGAUCGUCUUGAGAGGGAGUUAGCGGUACAGUUAGAAAAGAGAGCUGGAGAACGAGAGGCAGUGCGUGAAGAACUAAAGAAGGAGAAAGAGAACUUGUCAUCCUUGGUGAUGUCUUUAUCUCAGAAUGUGGCUACUCUGGAGGCUCAGGUUGACAAGAUUACAAGAGAGAAGAUCUCUUUAGCUAAUCAACUGGAAGAAGCGCAAAAUCAAAACACUUGUCGUGAUAUGGAGAUUAAUAAGGUGUGUGGGGAAAUACGUUAUCAAUUGAAUAAGACCAAAAUGAAGAAGGAUGAGGCAGAAAAGGAGCACAGAGAGUAUAGAAUGAAAACUAUAAGGGAGCUCGAAAUUAAAGAUCAGGAAAUAGAGAGAGCAAAAGUGGAAUUCGAUGAAAAUAAACAGCGUUUAGAACUAGCACAGCAGGAUGCAGCAAGAGCAAAGGAUGAAUGUCUGAAACUAACAGAACUGCUGGGUAAAGCUGAGCACCAGCUUCACAUUACCAGGUUGGAAAAAGAGAACAUUCAGCACAGCUUUAGCAAUGAGGCAAAGACCCGAGCCCUUCAGGCCCAGCAGAGAGAGCAGGAGCUGACACAGAAGAUGCAGCAAAUGGAAGCCCAGCAUGAUAAAACUGUUAAUGAAAUGGAUUCAUUGCUGAGCUCCCAGAAUACAUUCAUAUCAAAAUUAAAAGAAGAAUGUUGUAUGCUGGCAAAGAAGCUUGAGUAUAUCACAGGAAAAUACAGGUCUGAAAUCAGCCAGCUUAGUCAAGAAAAUGAAUAUGUCCAUGACAGGCUUGAGAAGAUGCAGAAAAGGAAUGAUGAAUUGGAGGAUCAGUGUAUCCAACAUGGAAGGAUGCAUGAUAAAAUGAAACUAAGAACUUUCCGAUUGACCAAUUUCUGGCCCAGCUUCAAUAUCAAGCACAAGAUCACCCAGUCAAGACUGACAUCCCUCAACUCCAUCAUGCGCCUGGUCCCAACAGCUUCAGAUCUGAUGGUUUUGAGUCAGAGUCGAGAGAAACACCUGACUCCGGAAACCCAGAGUCUCAAGGACAUUCCUCGAUGUCAUCGAAUGACAUCAACGUUGCCUAGAAGAUCGGAACCAAUGAUGGUAUACUCUAAGACUUUGAAGAAACAGUUGGAACUGACCGAGAUCAGAUCCAUGUCCUUGGACCCAAGAGCUUACGAUCCAACAAGGGCUGCACCUGAUGGGAUGAGCCAAGCUCCAGCAGAGUUCUUGGAGCCUUCCCAAAAGAAAACGAAAUCUAAGGCACGCCAUCUACAUAAAGGGAAACAGAUGGCCAAACUAUCAGAGUUGAGGAACAAUUAA